UUGUUUGACCCGCUCCUCUCUCGCAGUGUCACGCUGAGUGUUGAACAGUGAAAGAUGGCGUUCACAUUUGCGGCCUUUUGUUAUAUGCUGGCAUUGCUGCUCACGGCGGCACUCAUCUUCUUCGCCAUCUGGCACAUUAUAGCAUUUGAUGAGCUAAAGACGGACUACAAGAACCCUAUAGACCAAUGCAACACGUUGAAUCCUCUGGUGCUCCCAGAGUACCUGAUCCAUUUGUUCUUCUGCAUCAUGUUCCUGUGUGCGACGGAGUGGCUAUCGCUGGGACUCAACAUGCCGCUGCUCGCCUACCACGUGUGGAGGUACAUGAGCAGGCCGGUAAUGAGCGGCCCUGGCCUCUACGAUCCCACCACAAUCAUGAACGCUGACAUUCUAGCAUUCUGUCAAAAAGAGGGCUGGUGCAAGCUUGCUUUUUACCUGCUCUCCUUUUUCUACUAUCUCUACGGAAUGAUCUACGUUCUGGUGAGCUCCUAAAACCAGCUUGGCUGUAGUCAUGGGGGGGGGGGGGGGGGGUUGGGAAAGAGGAAAUAAAAAAAUACACAAAAACAAAACUGCAUGCAAAACUGUAAACGCAAACUGCACCAAUCAGCUGGUCAUCUGCAGGGAAGAGCCACGCUUUCUAUUUGUGGAAGAUUUUGCCUAUGGAGUUAAAACAACAAUAAUAGCAAUGGAACCGACAACCCCAGCUGGCCCUCUUCAUCACUGAGGAAAUGAGUUCUCCUGCUUCUUAAAGAAAACUUGUUGCCCGAGCUUCAUCCUUCCUUUUUGCAGCCCAUCAUGUUAGAGAAUAUUGAAGAUGUUCGGGACUUUAGAUCAUUAUUUAGUUAUUUUGAUGGAAAUUAAAACUCAAUAUUCGAUAUUGCCUUUAUUAUUUUUCCUUUCUCGUAUUUAACUUUUAUGAACAAUCACUGAUGCUAAUUGUACUUUGAUGUGACAGAAGUUUUGGGGUUUUUUUGUGCAUGUGUCUACUAUUCUUCUUGAUGCUUGGCAUGUUAGCAGUAGGUCAAGACCACAACCACAUUGCUGUAAUAAAUUGUAAGGAGCAAUCUUUUUA